AUGCCUCCAUCUCCACCACCAACUAUGAGUGCCCGUGACCAACGAGCUGCCAACCGUACUACUGCACUUCCUGUUGUGCCUGCCAAACCCAAGUCCACCAGCCGGAAGCGACAACAAUCCAAUGCUGAUGAGUCAGCUACCAAAUGCAACAAGACUGUUGGGAAUGAUGGUGAUGAGGACAUUGAUGAUGUUGCCAUUGCUGUAGAGGAGUCAAAUGAUGCAGAGAAAGGAGGGAAGAAGGGGAACUCGAAGAAGGGGAAGAAAACAGGGGCCAAGGGGAAAAAGAGUAGAAAGACAUGGGCUGAUCGUCAGCAUGAAGACAAAACUGAGAAUGCUAAGGGCACUCCUGCUCAUCUUCAGCCAAUUGAGCGAAAGUUACUUGCUGCAGGCACCUCUGUGGCACCCCCUGAACGUCCUGCUCGUUCACAUGUUGGUUCUGUGCUGCCUCCUCGACCUACUGUUUCUAGCAGUCGUACUUGUGUUGAUCGUGAACCUAAGCUGACUGCUGCAAAGAUUGAUACAAGCUCUGACAAUGACGAUGCUAGUGAUAAUUCUGGGUCUCAGGCUGACAGUGGGGAUCAUAGUGACUCUGACUCUGAUAAUGAUACUGGUGGCCAGAGUGCCAAGAUUACGUCUGCUACUGUUCGCAUAGGUCCACCUUCUAGAGCUAAUAUUUUGGAUGUGAAAAUGCACAGUCCUCCUCAUGGACAGUCAUCUCAGCGUGGCCGGGCCCGCAAUGUUAAGGCUAUUGGAAGUUCUAGUGGUUCUCAAUUAGUUAGAUCUAGUGGAGCAUCUAAACCAUAUGGAGCCACUAUCCGUGGCAAGGCUCUGGGAAAUGCCCCAAACAUAGGGGAUUUUGAUCCAGCUGGGGAUGACAUUUCUAUUGAUAUUGAGGGCACUGUCAACUUAUUCCCUUCUGAUACCCGCCCAACCACCAUAGAUAUUGAUGAAGCAGCUGUCAUUGCAGUAACAAUUCCAUUUGAAGGGGCUUUGGCACCCCUUCUUCAACAUGUUGCAAAGUAUUAUUCUCCAAUGUCUGAUAACAAUGAUCGUGUAUAUAUUUUGGAUCAGCAGAAACGCAAAUGGAUAGUCAAGGGUAGAUUUAGGGAUGCUUUGGCAUUUCAAGAUUCAGUGGUUCACUUGUGGCAAAAAACUGAAUUUGGGCCAACUCUAACUAUUUUUCUUGAAUCUGAUCCUGAGGUUGCUUCAGCUAUUCCCCCAUCUUUUCUCUCCCAUCACUCCAGUUCUUUGUCAAAGUCUCGUUCUAGGUCGUCUCGUUCUCCUUCCUUGCCUGCUGCAGUUCGUCAGUCUUUGUUGAUAUCUGGCCAAUCGAGUGGCCGAGUAGCUUCUGAGGGUCCAUCUACCCUGACUACCAUUCAAAAGGAAGCACUUUUUACAUUCUUGAACAUCUCUAUGGAUCUGCAUUCACUCACUCCUACCCUUCGCAACACUUAUCUGAAGUACAAGACAUUGAUAAAUGCAUCCAAAGCCAUGCAGGGUUUACGAUCUAGCCAAGAGUGGGCUGACCAUCUUACUGAACAUGGUCUUGAACACUGGUUUCCUGUCUUUGUUGACUUGGUGAAUAUCUUCAUCGCAAAAAGUCAAUUUUACUCCAGCUGGAAGGCAUUAUUCAGCCGUGCCCAAAAUUAUCCACAGAUGAAAGCAUGGCUUGAUGCCAGCUCAGAUGCUGAAUCUGAUUCGGAAGUUUGGGCUGAGACCAAAGAUCCUGAUCAUUACACUAUUGUGGACUUGGCAGAAUGGCUCAAAAGAAAAGAUGCGGCGAAGGGAAAGAGGUCGGCUGCUACUAGCUCAGGUGCUGGAAAGAAGUCAGGUGGUAAACAGGAGAAAAGGAAGAAGGAGAGGAAGGUGUCUUCGGAGGAAUCAGAUGAGUCAUCUGGAGGGAAAAAGUCGAAGUUGAAGUUGAAGGCAAAGGCAAAGUCGAAGAAGAAUUCACCUGUCUCUGUUUGGACUUGGACUUUUCUUGUAGCUCUUUCUUGGUUGACUCACUUUGGUCUUAUGACUCUCUCUGUAUUGAGUCAACAUUGGAUUAUAAUCUGGCUUUUGAUAUGGUUUCAGAUGGCAUCAUUAGCGCAUGGUGCACGAACUGAAACCCCAUUCCCAGAUAUAUCUUUUUCUGCAUUUAAUCAAAUUAUUGAAUCAACCUUUGGAUCUAACAUCUCUUUGGCAACUGUCUUGACCCUUUUGUUCACAAUUACAGAAAAUGUAGACUUGUUGAAUCUCCAUUUUCGACAACAACACCCAGAAUUCCAAGGUGAAAACAAGACUCAGACCACUGGAUGGAUGAUUGCUUUAGCUAGGGCAUUAAUUGAUCAAUUGGGCUCCACAGCUAUUUCUUUAUAUAAUGAUGAAGAUGAAGAUGAUUCAACCUCCCAGGCCAAGGUCAAGCUGGUUGCAGGAAAGCUGAAUGAUAUGGCUGUCAAUUUGAAUUUAACUCCAUAUGAUGACCAAGAUGCUUACAUGGGAAAGCUGCUUCCUGUUUCCCAGAAAGUUAUUCAGCCUGUUCAUAUGAUAUGUCCUGGAUCACUAGUGUGUGGAACAGCAACAUGUAAGCCCAGAUCACUGGUGCAAGCCACACAGAAAUGUGACAUACCCUCAGUGACAUUGAUUAAAGAUCACAAAAUCUAUAAAAAGGUUUCAGUUUUGACAGCAAAAUGUCCAGAUUGUGAAACAUCUUAUUCUGCAGAUCAUGAACACUUUUUUCAUGAGUUUGAUGGAGCUAAGCAACCAAAGCGAGUUUACCUCAACUCAGCAAAGUAUCUGAAAAUUGGCAGUAAUCUCUGGGUGGAUCGAUUGUUUUCAAGCUCUGUUAUCAAUGCAAUGUAUAGCUUCCAUGGCUCUGCUUCUGCAUAUUCACAAUAUUGGAAUGUUACCUAUGGAACAAAGUCAACAAAUCUAUCCCGUGCUCACAUUUGGCAGGCCUUUGUACAAGAUUCUUUGCGCACAAUUGCAGCAGAAUCCAAGAUUGACCUAGAACUCAAUGAUCCUUUGAACAUAACAGAAGUCACCACACAGGCAUUUGAUCUUUUAGGGGAACAGGGAAUUAUUAGAGCAGCAGAUCAGCAUGCAUGCAGUGAAUGUAGUCAGCCAUAUAAAAAAGCUAGUGAUGCUGUUAUGAAUGAUCCUGCAGCUGUAGUGGGAGUUGAUGAAAAUCAAGCUGUACCACCCUUGGCAGAAGAUAACAGAGUUCCACCACAACCACACCCAGCAUCUCCUACUUCUCAGGAUAACUCUGAUGAUGAUAUGGAUGUUGACAAAAGAAAUGUCACAAUGGUUGUACUUGAUGGAGUUGUUAUGGGACCAACGCAUUGUGCAAUUGAUGAUUGUGUAAAUGAUCUUUCAAAUUCUCGUGGUGCCUCAUUGUGUGAUGUGCACAAUGAAGAAUAUGGGUCCCGAUGCCUUGUACGUGACUGUACAAACAACAGAUUUGGAGACACCUCUGCAUGUGAAGGACAUCAGGCAGAGUGGCGAAAAUUUACAAAAUAUCAAACUCGUCAAACUCGUUCAGGUAUUCGGAGAAUGUUACAAAGGCCUGGGGAAGCUCAACCUUGGAAUCCACAAAGAAGAGGACCAAACCCACAGCGCCAUGAUGAUGCUAAUGAGGAACCACCUUUACCUCCUAACUAUUUUAGUCCAGCAAGAUUCUACUGUGUGGAAACCAUUUGUGCACCAUGUGGUGUUGUAAUUGCAUGGACAAAGUUUGAUAGGUCUGAGUCAACAACAAAUAUUUUGCGCUUUUUAGAGGCUGUUUAUCCAACCCCAGAAUCUCGCCCUGACUAUAUCUGUAUUGACAAAGCAUGUCAAGUUUUUCGAACUGCUGUUAGCAAUGGAAGUUGGGAUGCAAUAUGGAAACACACAACAAGAUUUAUUGUUGAUACUUUCCACUAUAUUACCCAUCGUGUAACUGAUUUUCUUUGCCGAACAUAUUGCAAUCCUUCUCCUGGUGAUGGUUCAGCUCCAAACCUUGUCAUAAUUGAAUUUGAUGACAAUGGUCAUCCACAUGCUAAGCGAGCAUUCAAUACCCAAGUAUGUGAACAAUUGAAUGCAUGGCUUGGUGGAUUUGAGCCAAUUCUCAAACACAUGAAACCUGGAAAUUUCAACUGGUUUUUACAUGCAAUGUUGUUUUAUCACACAAAGCAUGUCCUCACUCAACAGAAACGCAAAGCAAAGUCUCAGGAGAUUAAUGGUGAUGAUGAAGACUUGGGUUUGGAUGAACAACAUGCAGAAUCUAAUGUCUCUGAAUCUGAUUGA